GCCAAUUUAGCGCCAUAAAAAUGCGCCGAAUUAUCCACAAACAGCUCCUUUUUGCGGUGUAAUCACGAGAGUACAGACAACUAUAAACGAAUUACUUUGAUAACGAAGAAAACAUAAAAAUACGAUAAUUCUCAGGCGUGUUCUGCAGCCAGAAGCGCCGUCCCUUUUCUGUCACUUCCACGCGCUUCUGUGGACGUUUUUUCCGCGAUGGACUUUGCAGUUAAGGACAUCUUCGUAAAGUAGCCCGAGAGAGAAUACCUGUAUCCUCCAGGGAAAACCACAUGCGAUAAAUAAGGGAAAGACAAAGCCGUAUCCGUCUCAGUGCCGGAGUCACUUCUGCCCUCAAAGUGUCAGCGAAGUCGUGGGAAAUUAAAAUAAUGACCCGGGAGGAGCAUGAGCGAUAAAAAGCAGAGCCGCAGAGGCAGCUCCGCACAUCAGCUGAUCCUCAAACGGGACACAUCAUGAAGGCGCUCAGCGUGUCUCUAACACUCGCUGUUUUUCUGGCCCUGAGCCGAGCGGUCCCGUUCAACAACAACAACAACAACAACAACAACAACAACAACAACAACAACAACAGCAGCCUCUCCACCAGGAACUCGGGCCUGUGCGAGUACGUGAUAGAGCAGAGCAUGCACAUCAGCGGGGCGUUCGUCCCGCAGUGCGACUCUUACGGGAACUUCAUGCCGCAGCAGUGCUCGACCUCCAACUGCUGGUGCGUCAACGUCAUCACCGGAGAGGAGAUCCCGAACACGAGGACACUGCUGGGCGCCACAGCCGUUAACUGUGACAGCGAGUUCUACUGCCCGCAUGGCUGGUCUCGCUUCGGAAGACAGUGUUUCAUCUUCAUCGACAGCCCGAAGACUUGGGCUGAAGCCGAGGGUUACUGUCUGUUCGAAGGGGCCAACCUGGCGUCAGUCCACAGCUACGAGGAGGAUUACUUCAUCCAGUCUCUGACCAGAGGAGACGGCCACGACUUCCCGCACGCCUGGAUCGGUGGCCACGACGCCAUACACUUCUCUUUUUGGAUGUGGAGCGACGGCUCCAAGUUUCGAUACGAAAACUGGCAUUCGGACUACAGAGUGGAGAGAACUGAGCACUGUCUGAAGAUGAAUUAUGAAUUUGACAGGAAGUGGAAUUACGGCUUCUGCGAUGACGCUUUGCCUUUCGUUUGUGCCAAGAGGAUCUGAACUCGGACCUGACAGCCGAAAAAACGUCACGUCUGACGAGGUCAGAGCCUCCACAGCCCGCUCCAGCAUCUGCAGUAAUUUUCCUCCAAAACAAAAAUCACAAAAAAUAUAAAGGACAGUUAUGGAUUCAUAUUUCUGUUAAAGAUUUAUUGCAAAAUUGUUAAAAAAAACCAACAUGAAUGAUGAACAUGAAGAAUCUGAAUGUGCUGAGCCUGUCAGUGUGCUCCCAAAUCACCAGCGUUAGCAUAGUCAUGAAAAACCUGGAAAACCUGGAUUUUGCAAGUAGAAAUUUCCAGGCCUGGAAAAGUUUUCCUGAAAGUUGUAGAAUUUCGUCAAAUCUGUAUAAUAACACACAAUGUUUUCAAGGACCGUCAGGAAUUUAAAAAUGCAAUGAUAAUAUUUUUUCUUUUUCUUUGU